UUGACAGCUAGUUGCCAAAAUACGAUGGCUAAGGUUAGUUAGUGCGCAACCAACUGAAGCUCCGCCUUCGAGUUGGGAUUUUUGUUUACCACCCAUCAAAGCAAAGUGAAGCAGUUGGUGUUCAUAAACAAGUCUGUAUCAAAACAAUUACAGAUCAGUUAUAGUUUCGAGCUAGCCGUCGGCCACCGCCCGUUAAAUAUACACUUGUCAGACUGCAAUAAGAGGGCCAAGGGAGGCAAAACAUAUACACAAUGAUUGGAAAGAUAUUUGCCCAUUUCCUUGGUAGCACAGAUGAUGAUUUUUCCACAGAUGACAAUGAAACCUAUGAGGAGCUCAUUGAGUUUGAGGAGGGAGGAUGGGUCAUUAUCAACAUUCAAGAGAACAACUCCUUGACCCCGCCUGAGGAAGACCCUUUGGAGAACCUGCUGAUUGAGCAUCCCAGUAUGUCUGUAUACCAGAUCAGACACCAGACCAGUGAUGAGGAAGACUCAGAUGAAGAGGAUGUUUCUCCCAGGCCUGUGCCAGUCAAACAGCACGUGUCCUGGAGGUUAGCUGCCUGGGGCAGCCCGCUUCCAUGCAACGUCCAACUGCUUGCCAUACAGCGAGCCCGGACUCACAUGGAGUGCAAGGAGCUGACCAGGAGUGCUCUCCAGAGACAGAACCUUGCCAAGAUGCGAUUCUCCCCCUCUGACAGACGCUUUGGUCUCUUCAAACAACCCUGCCAGCGCCUGUACAACUACUGAGUGUCUACUGAGUAACUCUACUGAGUAACUCUACGGUACUCUACUGAGUAACGUCACUGUCUGAAGCCACUUAACAUACAGACCGGAGACAUAUUACCGGUGUCAAUUUCUUUACCCAGAUCAAGGAAACCCCCCCUUUGCUGAGUAUGUUAUUAACAUGCUGAGCCCAGUUUGAGAGUGAAAUAGCCUUGAGUAGAUGUGUGUGCGCAUGUGAAAAGUAUUAUAACUGGCUUGUUACUGUUAAGUCUUAUGGCUCUGAUAAACUUUUAUUUAGUGUAUGAAAUGCAAAAGGUUUAUAGCACGUGCAAAUGUGAAUGUUAUUGGAUAUGGUAUACUUUUUGCUAUUAUUUUUUGUGCCUUAGAUUUAGAUACGUUGUGGGUACAUUGCUUGAAGGAAAAGUUGUUAAGUUUCAUAGCUAUGAAAAGCUAUUUUGUAUGUGAUAUGUUACGAUAGAAAACAUCACUCUUGAGUAAUUGGACCUCGGAACAAAUACAAUAUAUGGAAGGAUUAGCAAAUAAUGAAAUAAUGAUGGACACUGUUUCUAAUGUAUGUUUUGUACUGAGUGAUUCACUUUGUUUUCAUACAUUUAUUCCCAGUGUGUUCUUAUGUUUGCUGUACUGCUACAAGACCUGUUUGUAAAUAUAUUCAGAUUUUUUCCGUUGCUAUUUUGCUGUAUAUUUAAAUGUUAAAAAUUGUUAAAGUCUGUUUUGUUUGGGUAUUAUUUGUGUUUUAUUAAAUAGCAUGAGACAACUUCAGUAAUUACAUGUAUUAUUCCCACCAAAUGUAUUUCAUUGGUCUGCAUUAAAUUAUUUUAGUAGCACA